GGCGGAGCUUCGUCUCGGGGCGGAGCUUCGUCUGGAGCCCUGCCUGUAUCUUUUGGUGUGUGCUCGGAAUAGAGGAAAAGAGCUGGAUACAAACUGGUCUAAAGGCGGAAGUUUCGAGUCCGAGUCGUUGUUUUUGGAGACGUCUACAGAAAGGUUUUAAAAUUUGGCUUGGUUUGAGCCAAGGAAGCAAUGAUGGCAAUGCAAAUGGGUGAAAAUGAUGGUAUGAUGAAGGUUACAGAGUGGCAGAAGACCUAUUAUACAGCAGAUUCAGGCAUCCAGUCAGGGGCCACCACAGUACAUACGGAUGAUGACGGGACGCAGUACAGCAAGAAAUACACCAACACCUCUACAGUUAUUGAGAAUCCUGCAGACCUGGAAUCACAGUACACCAUGACCCGAGCCCAGCGUGUGAGACAAGCCAUGUUCCCUGAUUCUAUGGUGGAGGGGACGACCGUUUUGUCCACCCAGAUAGAUUCAUCUCAGCAGACCAACGUGCAGAAGCUGGCCGAGCCUUCGCAAAUGCUCAAGGCAGCCAUCAUCCACCUGAUUAACUACCAGGACGAUGCCGAGCUGGCAACCCGCGCCAUACCCGAACUCACCAAACUCCUCAACGAUGAUGACCAGGUGGUGGUGAGCAAGGCGGCACUGAUUGUGAACCAGCUGGCGCGAAAGGAGGCGUCCCGGCGUGCUCUGAUGGGGUCGCCGCAGAUGGUAGCGGCCGUGGUGAGAGUCAUGCAGAACACGAGCGAUAUGGAAACAGCCCAAGCCACCACCAACAUCCUGCACAACCUGUCACAUCAGCGCGAGGGCUUACUGGCCAUCUUCAAAUCAGGGGGCAUUCCUGCACUGGUGCGCAUGUUAAGUUCUCCCUUAGAGACGGUGCUGUUCUACGCCAUCACCACACUCCACAACCUGCUUCUGCACCAAGAGGGGGCCAAGAUGGCCGUACGUCUGGCUGACGGCCUGCAGAGGAUGGUGCCACUGCUGAAGAAAACCAACCCCAAGUUCCUGGCAGUUACUACAGAUUGCCUUCAACUUCUCGCCUAUGGCAACCAGGAGAGCAAGUUGAUAAUCCUGGCUAACGGAGGCCCAGAGGGCCUGGUGCGGAUCAUUUCUAUAUUCACAUAUGAGAGGUUGCUGUGGACCACCAGCCGCGUAAUGAAAGUGCUGUCAGUGUGUCCUAGCAACAAGCCGGCCAUCGUAGAGGCUGGUGGAAUGAAUGCUCUGGGGAAACAAGUGACUGGCUCUAGUCAGCGAGUGGCACUAAACUGUCUGUGGACUCUGAGAAACCUAUCUGAUGCUGCCACUAAACAGGAUGGCCUGGAAGGGUUGCUGCAGAUUUUGAUCGAACUCCUCGCCAACGAAGACAAGAACAUUCUGGCUUGCGUCUCAGGCACCCUGUCGAAUCUGACGUGCAACAAUGCUCGUAACAAGACGUUCGUGAGCCAGAACAACGGCGUGGAGGCUCUGAUCCAUGCGCUUCUGCGUGCUGGUGAUAAGGAGGAUGUGGCGGAGCCCGUUACCUGUGCCCUGCGCCACCUCACCAGCCGCCACCAAGACGCCGAGCUGGCACAGAAUGCCGUGCGCAUACACUACGGCAUCCCUCCCAUCGUCAAACUGCUCAACAAGCCCCACUACUGGCCUGUUGUUAAGGCUGUGGUCGGCCUUAUCCGUAACCUGGCGCUGUGCCCAGCCAAUCAGCCAUAUCUCCGAGACGCUGAUGUGAUUGCCAAACUGGUCACUCUGCUAAAAACCGCUCACCAGGAUGCACAGAAGCAUGGUUCAGCCAGCCAGCAAACUUACCAGGAUGGUGUGAGAAUGGAAGAGAUUGUGGAAGGUUGCACAGGAGCUCUGCAUAUCUUGGCCAGAGAUCCUAUUAAUAGAGCCGCGAUCACCGAUUUGAAUACCAUCCCACUGUUUGUGCAGUUGCUCUACUCCCAAGGAGAUAACAUUAAGCGGGUGGCUGCAGGAGUGCUCUGUGAGCUGGCUCUGGAUAAAAACGCAGCCAUCAUAAUUGAUAGCGAGGGCGCCGCUUCCCCGCUCAUGGAACUGCUGCACUCCAACAACGAGGGCAUUGCUACGUAUUCGGCUGCCGUGCUCUUCCGCAUCUCCGAGGACAAAAACGCCGAGUACAGGAAGCGCAUGUCAGUGGAGCUCACUCACACUCUGUUCAAACACGAUCCGGCAGCCUGGGAAGCGGCUCAAAAUACAAUGAUGGACCCUAGCUUUAUGCCUGAAGAUAUUGGCUUAGCUGGCACUGGGUAUGGAUAUGAUAUUGACAUGCCUGAAGAUUACACUCAUUCCUUUGACACAAUGGGCAGAGGCUACACUGAUGCUUGCUAACAGAAUACUAAUGUUUCAAGAAGAGCACUAACAGAGGAGCCGCUUCAGAAGUGAAGAGGACAACGGGCUCUGCGCACACACUACUGUAUGAUAUGCAACGAUCACUGUGCUGUGAGGGGUAGAAUCGCAUAUUACUCAACACUGCCUUCUCUCACAUUGAACACACACAUUGUCUUACUUUAUUUUUCCCUUCUUUUUGUAGAAAAUGUAUUUUAGGGCUUACUGGGGGUUUGUAGACUCAUUACAUGAGAGGAAUGGUAAUCUAAUCUACCAAAGAGAUUUUAUGGAGUCGCUUCGUCGUUUAUAAUCAUGUUUUUUUUUAAGCACACGUUCGACAUCAGAAAAAGCCGCAGCACCGAAACGGAACGGUGCAAAUCGAUCGACCCCGAUUCAGAUCAAGCUUUAUCCACUGAGGCUUUUAUGGGUUUUAAGGGAAAGAUAAGCACAGAAAUGUAACCUUUCUUCCCACAGCACAGCUUUGUUUAAACGCACCAGAGAGCUGAGCGUUUCUAGCACAUCUUAGUGUUCUAUUAACUCAAGCUUUUAAACUCCAGCAUUUGUGCCAUAAUGAUGGACAUGUGACUUGUAAACUUGCUUUUUAUCGGUUACUAAAAUCAUUAUAGUGCAAACUUCCUGAAUAAAACGAUUUCAGAUUUUA